UUUUUUUGUAACUUAUUCUUCUAUAUUCGCACAGUCAUGGCAGUUAAUAACAAAUAUUUACUUCAGAUGUCCACUGAUAUUCAGGAAGCACGCAUGAAAGCCACUUUCUCAGUAGGCUCUAUGCUUUACUUACUUCGUGGAGGUCCUGAAGCAAUAAAAAAGUUAAAUUAUGUGAGGAACAUUAUAGAGCAGGAAUCAUUAUUUGAUAAAUCAAAGAUACCUUUUCAAAAUCGGCAAGAACAAUUAUAUCAAUCUUUACUUGUUUCAAAAAGAUUAAUCGAUUUAGUCGAUGAAAAAAAAUUAGAUGAUGAAGAGUUUUCUACUUUAUUUAAACAACUUGAAAUAAUGACACCUCUUGCUCUUCAUUAUUCAGCCUUUAUGCCUGUUAUAAAAUCACAAGGUACUACUGAACAAGUAGAAAAAUGGUAUAAUGCCUCAAAGAGACAUGCUAUUAUUGGUUGCUAUGCUCAAACUGAAUUAAGUCAUGGCUCAAAUGUGUUAGGUUUAAACACUUUAGCUAUUUUUGAUCAAACCACUGAUGAGUUUGUCAUCCAUAGUCCUGAUUUAACUGCCGCUAAAUGGUGGGUUGGUGGUUUAGGAGUCGCAAGCACCCAUGCUGUAGUGCAGGCUCAAUUAGUUAUCAUGGGAAAAACAUAUGGUCCCCACCUUUUUAUUGUUCCAAUCAGAUCUCCAAUUGAUUUGAAACCAUAUAAAGGUGUACAAGUCGGCGAUAUUGGGCCCAAAGCAUAUGGCGGUUUUGCUGCAGUUGAUAAUGGCUUUGCUCUCUUUGAUCAUGUUCGUAUCCCUCGAGAAAACAUGCUUAUGAAGUUUGCUAAAGUCACAAAAGAGGGGCAAUAUAUACCUCCUGUUCAUAACAAACUUUCUUAUGGUAGUAUGGUUAAGCUUCGCGUCGAUAUUGUGGCAGAUGCGGGCUGGAAAUUAGCAAAGGCAAUCACAAUAGCCAUUCGUUAUUGCACAGUCCGUCGUCAAUUCUAUGAUCCACCCAGUCAAGAUUCAAGCAAAUUAUCUUCCUCAUUAGAAUCUCAGGUUAUUUCAUAUUCUUCAGUACAGCAUCGCUUGAUGCCUCUUCUAGUUACUGCUUACGCUCAAAUCAUCACAAGUGAAGAACUGUAUAAACAGUUCAAUACCUUCAUGCAACAGUUAGAAUCCAAUGAUGCUCAUUUGCUUCCUGAGAUCCAUGCUACUUCUUGUGCUCUUAAAAGCUGGAGUACACGACGCUCAACAGAAGGUAUUGAAGAAUGUCGCAAGACAAUGGGUGGACAUGGUUAUUCAAUCUUUAGCGGGGUUGCUAAUCUUUUUGCAGACUUUGUUCCUUCCAACACUUAUGAAGGGGAUAAUUUUGUUUUGGCACAACAGGUUGGACGUUUCCUCUUGAAACAACUCGAGCAUAUGGUUCAAAAUGGAAAGGUCACCUCAGAUACUGCUGAUUAUCUUUACACACUUACAGUAGAGAAGGAUAUGACAAAACCAUUUGUUUUCUACCAAGAUGCGGGCCAGCAAAUCUUGGACCCUAAUGUGCAACUCAACAUUUUUGCUAUACGUUCUGCUCGUCUUGUAGCUAACCUUGGACAGCAAUUACAAAAUGGGCGUGCUUGGUCUGAUUUAAACAUGGAAUGCUGGACAGUUAAUCUUGCUCAUGCUGAGUAUUUAGUCUUGAAGAGUCUGAUCAACAAAGUUAAAGCAAUUGAAACUAGUACAGAGUAUGCCAGUUUAGGUUCCAUAUUAAAAUCUGUUUCUGAUUUGGUUAUACUUCUUUAGCCACAUUUUUAUCGACUUGUACUAUUCAUCCUUCUGAACUUAGUAAGUUAAAUGAAAAAUAUAGGCAAGUCAUUUCUCGUAUUGCUGUUGAUGCUGCUU